AUGAUCAGGUGUUUCGGUGCUCUCGUGCUGACGCUAAGCCCUGUUCCCCGUCCGGUUGUCCCACCUCCGCAACUUUAAGACCUCGGUUUUACGGGACACUCGACACCUCUGGGGUAUACGUCGGAACAUCAUCUUAUAUGCAAGACAGAUUUCUCGAUGCAAACCCCGCGUCCUCGUUGUACAUAAAACGGGACGCUACAACAGACGGUGUGCGAUCCACUUCAACUUCAACCUGCCAAAGUUUGAAUAUUUGCUAGGCUUAUUCUUCCAGGUUUGUCUCGUUCUCUGCGCAACUCAAGUCCAAAUUCAACUGUCAUUCAACCAUGGCCCCCUACACCAAGAUUGACUGCCAUUCUCACUUUCUCCCGCCAGGAUAUCGAACAGCAUGCGCAGAAAACGGCCACAAGAAUCCAGAUGGUAUGCCAGCGAUACCAGAAUGGAGCCCCGAGGCACACCUGGAGAUGAUGAAAGCCGUCGACAUCACCAAGUCAAUGCUGAGCAUUAGUUCUCCGGGCACCCAUCUCGUGAAUGGCAACAUCAAACUGGCUCGAGAAGUUACCAAGUAUUGCAACGACUAUGCUGCGGACUUGAAGAGACAAAAGCCUGAGCAGUUCGGUUUCUUUGCGUCCUUGCCUUUGUCCGACGUGGAGGGGUGUUUAGAGGAGAUUCCGCGGGCACUAGAUGAACUCAAUGCCGAUGGUUUCACCGUGAUGACCAACUUCUACGGAUCAUAUCUUGGUGACAAGCAAUUCGAUCCCAUUUUCGACGAGCUCAAUCGGAGAAAGGCGGUUGUUUUCAUGCAUCCCACCACUCCCUGUCUAAAGGAUGGAACAGCAGCAACUCCUCUUCCAGGUUUUCCUCGCCCAGUGUUCGAGUUUCUGUUCGACACCGCGCGCGCCGUCAUGAACUUGUUCUUGUCUGGUACGGUUAGCCGCUGUCCUAACAUCACCUUUCUUGUCCCUCACGUCGCCGGCGCGUUGCCUCCUUUAAUCAACAGAUUCUCGGGCUUUGCAUCGGCAGUGAAGAUGCCUGGAAUCGAUUCGGCGGUGAACCCUCAAUGGGUCAAGGAAAGACUGAACACACAAUUCUACUUCGACUCUGCUGGUUUUGCAUUUCCUGAGCAGAUGAAGGGCAUCCUGGAAUAUGUUACGCCGAAUCGAUUGUUGUAUGGCAGCGACUUCCCAUUCACACAACAGCCGACCGUUGUGUUCUUUUCAGACCAGCACGAGAGGCAUUUGGAGGAAGUGUUUCCUAAUGAAGAGGAUCGCCAGAAGCUCUGCAACAGAAAUGCCCUCAAACUCUUUGGUGGAAACACGAGUCGGAUUUAAACCGGAGGAAAGCGGUAUACCCUGUGGUGCGGAAGAAGAUACCGCUGUGAUAGCAACCCUCCUGCAUGGAACCCUUCAUGGUUACGAGCAUGAGAGACUUUGAUCGUCUGGAGAACGACGUUUAUCUAGUCUGGCUGGCCAAUGCUAUCGAGCCAAGAAUCGUCGUAGGCUUGGAUUCAAGGACAGCUAUUUACCAUAUGAUAAGCAACGCGAGUCGUGUGACCUAUCCCACUGUCGGGCAAGGCUUCCGAAGUCU